AUAUCUCCUGCUCCCUAGGCAGAGGAAGCCAGGAAAGCUGCCCACACAUCUCCAGGACCUCUGAGCACCAGAAUCCAUUUGAAAAUAUGCUGCCACAAAUACCCUUUCUGCUGCUAGUGUCCUUGACGCUGGUUCAUGGAACGUUUUAUGCUGAGCGGUACCAAACUCCCACAGGUGUGAAGAGCGCACUUGCCAGCCCCAGGACACAAUACUUCAUCCCAUACCCUAUAAAGGGUAAAGAGAUUUCAGUAAGAGGAGAACAAGGCAUUCCUGGUCCACCAGGCCCAGCUGGACCUCGAGGACACCCAGGUCCCUCAGGACCUCCAGGAAAGCCAGGCUAUGGAAGUCCUGGACUCCAAGGAGAGCCAGGGUUGCCAGGACCACCAGGAAUAUCAGCCACUGGGAAGCCGGGCCUGCCAGGCAAACCAGGGGAGAGAGGACCACAUGGACACAAAGGAGAUAUUGGCCCAGCUGGCUUACCAGGGCCUCGGGGCCCUCCAGGCCCACCCGGAAUCCCUGGUCCAGCUGGAAUUUCUGUGCCAGGAAAACCCGGACAGCAGGGACUUACAGGUGCUCCAGGAUCUAGGGGCUUUCCUGGAGAAAAGGGGGCACCAGGAGCUCCUGGUGUGAAUGGACAGAAAGGGGAAACCGGAUAUGGCACUCCUGGCCGUCCAGGUGAGAGGGGUCUUCCAGGCCCUCAGGGUCCUGUAGGCCCCCCUGGCUCCCCUGGAGUGGGAAGAAGAGGUGAAAAUGGCUUUCCGGGACAGCCUGGCAUAAAAGGUGACCGGGGUUUCCCAGGAGAAGCGGGACCACCCGGUCCACCAGGUCCACAAGGUCCUCCUGGGAAGCAAGGACGAGAAGGUAUUGGGAAGCCAGGAGCCACUGGAUCCCCCGGUCGGCCAGGUAUCCCAGGAGAAAAAGGCCACCCAGGGGCUCCAGGAAUAGCUGGGCCUCCAGGAGCUCCUGGCUUUGGAAAACAAGGCUUGCCAGGUUUGAGGGGACAAAGGGGACCUGCUGGUCUUCCUGGGGCUCCAGGUGCCAAAGGGGAACAAGGGCCAGCAGGUCAUCCUGGUGAACCAGGUCUGACUGGAUCCCCUGGGAAUAUGGGACCCCAAGGACCUAAAGGAAUCCCAGGGAAUCAUGGUAUCCCAGGCACUAAAGGUGAGACAGGUCUGGUGGGGCCUGCAGGGCCACCCGGGGCUAGAGGAGCAAGGGGCCCCCCUGGGUUAGAUGGAAAAACAGGAUAUCCUGGGGAUCCAGGUCUCAAUGGUCCUAAGGGUAACCCAGGGUUACCAGGACCAAAAGGUGAUCCUGGAGUGGGAGGAGCCCCUGGUCUUCGAGGUCUUGUUGGCCCUACAGGACCUAAAGGAGUGCCUGGACACAAUGGUGAGGCAGGUCCAAGAGGUGAACCUGGAAUACCAGGUACCAGGGGCCCUAUUGGACCACCAGGUAUCCCAGGAUUCCCUGGAUCUAAGGGUGACCCAGGAAAGCCAGGUGCUCCGGGCCCAGCUGGAAUAGUAACUAAGGGCCUCAAUGGGCCCGCUGGUCCUCCAGGGCGUCCUGGUCCAAGAGGUCAUACUGGAGAGCCUGGUCUCCCAGGUCCUCCAGGACCCCCAGGACCUCCAGGACCUCCCAGCCAAGCAGUCAUACCUGAUGGCUUCACAAAGAGCGGACAGAGACCCAGGCUUUCUGGGAUGCCUCUUGUCAGUGCUAACCAGGGGGUAACAGGCAUGCCGGUGUCCGCUUUUACUGUGAUUCUUUCCAAAGCUUACCCAGCGGUAGGUGCUCCCAUCCCAUUUGAUGAGAUUCUGUACAACAGGCAGCAGCACUAUGACCCAAGAUCUGGAAUCUUUACCUGUAAGAUCCCAGGCAUAUACUAUUUUUCCUAUCACAUCCAUGUGAAGGGGACUCACGUUUGGGUAGGCCUGUAUAAGAAUGGCACGCCCACAAUGUACACGUAUGAUGAGUACAGCAAAGGCUACUUGGAUCAGGCUUCAGGGAGCGCGAUCAUGGAGCUCACGGAAAAUGACCAGGUGUGGCUCCAGUUGCCCAAUGCGGAAUCGAACGGCCUCUACUCCUCUGAGUAUGUCCACUCGUCCUUCUCAGGAUUCCUAGUGGCUCCCAUAUGAACACUUCCUGUCAAGCUCAUCCUAAUCCCCCGCUUAGAACCUCCCACCCCAUUCCAUCGCCCGAUCCCGCCCUGGUGAUGCAUAUGGAGGUAGGCUAAAAGUAAUGUGAAUAAGCUUUCUAAAGUGCACUCCGGGACCAGGUUUCCUCCUGUAAGAGUGAGCAGCAAUAGUGGGUAUGUGAGGAUCCUCCCGAACACUCGGCAGUUCUAAGGCCCUGGGUGCAGGGUCGGGGGUGCUCCUGUCGUCCCAUCCUUAUUUAAAUUUCUUAACGUAAGUUUAAAAAAAAAACAAAAAACCUCCCAAAAACUGAAAUAAGGCUCUAGCGCAUCAUGAAUCUCGUUUUAAGAACUCAACAUUCCUUUUUCAAAAAAGUCCAAUUUUAAUAAUAUGAGAAUAUCUCGGAAACAUGCAGGAGAUAUCAUGUCACUUUAUAUUACUUUAAAUACUUGAAUAUUCAAAUUCAAAUGACACUGUCCACCUUAGGAUAUUUCUGAUGGUGCAUCACUCCAUGGUUCACACAACCCCUUACAUCGAGAUAAAGUCAGAUGCACGGAUAGAUUUUUUUGAAGUGCUCCUAAGAAACUAAAACACUGUAGUGAAGUUAAUUUCAAUUACAAGGUGCUUUACCACAGCCAUUUCGAGCUUUUCUGCAACGGCAGGAAGUCCACGUACCUGGGGCAACUUAGAAAAAGUCCACAUACCUGGUGCAACUUAGAAACAGGUGUCUGACUUACUCUUAUGUCAGCAACGCAGUAUUACUAUGGUAUAAUUUCUGGCAUCUUUGUCAAAUGAUUUUAAUGGGCUUAUACGACAUCAGAAUAGACACUCUGUGUGCCUUCUAUUCCACUGGAAGUAUAAAUUAACAUUAAGCUUUUCAAAGUCAGACUGAAAACGAAAAGACAUUAUUUAUUUAUGCUCUGUACUGUAUUUUUACCGUUACUGUUUAAAACUGGGAAGCUGUACCUCACUUACUAAAGCACGCAGUAUUUAAUCUACUUGGUAUUACGAGAUAAUAAAACAACUGGAAUACA